ACGGAGAAAUUCUAACAUCAUAUGCGGGUCGAAAAUAAUAUUACAACAAGGUGAAACUUUAACUUUUUCUUCUCCGGAGCUCUGGGUACACAUACACGUCACAUACACCAUAGUCCUUAGUAAAUCGAUUUCUACGUAUCCGAUCACACGUGGUUGUCGACACCGUUCACUCGUCAGCAUGAUCACAUACCGCCUGAUUGUUUUUUGUUCGUUCUUCGUAAUUAUUAUCCCAAGCCACGUGUUUGCUGAUAAAGUGAACAAUAUUAAUUUGUCUACAGAUUUUUCACCGGAAUCAAGGGAUGUUACGUAUCCGUGCAAAUGUCAAGAAAGCAAAUGCAGUUGUUGUAGCGGAAACAUACUUCAAAACUUUAACCUUAACAUACGCCAACGGUUAUGCACUAACAUAACAUAUAACGCCGAUGACUUUGAAUUCAACGUGCGUAUAUUAUUCAAUGAUUACACGGUGUACAAUAGAGAUGUAUCGGGUAGAAAUCCGCGUCCCAUAUGCGUGCCGAUCUUCCCACCCGCCUGGACCCGGAGCCGGGUGUGCUUAAAGUUCAGCAACGUUUACUUCGUGGGCCGUAACGUCCACUUGUGUUUAAGCCUGGAAGCACAAACCGAGAAAAAACCCGUGUUUGACGUAGACUUUAACUGCGUACGGAUGGGCACUCAGGGAGUGGCGUUGCUAAAACCAGAGGAUGGUGGUGGUCUAGUGCCACCAAUACCUCAAGAUCCAGCUGAUGUUCACGUCGAGGGAACGACAGCGGUGGCGGCCGUGACGGCAGACCAAACUAGUUGAUAGUCGUGAACAAAAAAUAACACCAAACCACCUCAUUCAUAAAUUUUACAAAAAUUUGAUUUGGAUAGUCGAAUACAAUAAUAAACAGGAUGAUUAACCAAGCAUGCUAUCCCCCAUUUUUUCAAUUAAUAAAGAAUUGA